AUGGACAAUAUUCUGCAGCAUUGUCACACACUUGCAUGUGGAGGGCACUUCGAAGGCACCAAAACUACUGCAAAGGUUCUCCAAUCGGGUUUCUUUUGUCCCACUUUAUUCAAGGAUGCCCAUACCUUCGUAUCCUCAUGCGAUUGUUGCCAACGUACGGAUUACGUGUCCAAAUGGGUGGAGGCCGUGGCUCUACCUACCAAUGAUGCUAAGGUGGUGGUGAAAUUUCUCCGAAAACGUAUUUUUACUCACUUUGGAACUCCAUGGGCCAUUAUUAGUGAUGGUGGUACACACUUUUGCAACAGACAAUUCAAUUCCCUUUUGGCCAAAUAUGGUAUUACACAUAAGGUCUCUACACCUUAUCAUUUGCAAACGAGUGGGCAAGUCGAAAUUUCCAAUAGAGAGUUAAAAAAGAUCUUGGAGAAGACUGUUGGAACUUCACGAAAAGAUUGGUCCCUAAAGUUAGAUGAUGCACUUUGGGCAUAUCGUACGGCAUUUAAAACUCCUAUUGGAAUGUCACCAUAUCAUCCAGUUUUUGGAAAAGCAUGUCACUUACCAGUGGAGUUAGAGCAUAAAGCCUAUUAG